AUGAUCCACCCAGACGGGGUCAUCCCGGUCCUCACCUUCCUCAGGGAUCACUCCAACGCCCAGUUCAGGAACAUGAUCGACCUGACGGCGGUGGACGUCCCCUCACGGGAAAACCGCUUCGAGAUUGUGUACAGUCUGCUGUCGCUGCGUUUUAACUCUCGCAUCAGAGUGAAGACCUACACGGACGAGCUGACGCCUGUGGACUCUGCAGAGUCUGUGCACAAGGCCGCCAACUGGUACGAGCGCGAGGUGUGGGACAUGUACGGAGUGUUCUUCUCCAACCACCCCGACCUGAGGCGCAUCCUCACGGACUACGGCUUUGAGGGACACCCCUUCAGGAAGGACUUCCCACUCUCCGGAUAUGUGGAGGUGCGGUAUGACGACGAGCUGAAGCGUGUGGUAGCAGAGCCGGUGGAGCUCUCUCAGGAGUUCAGGAAGUUUGACCUGAACACGCCGUGGGAGGUGUUCCCCGCUCACAAAGACAAGAGCACGCCAGCUCUGCCCAAGGGGGAGGAGCCUAAUCUGUGCUCUGACGGCUCUGACGGCUCUGACGGCUCUGAGGGGACGUCUGCGCGGACUGAAGCCAGGCUGCUGGUCCUGACGCUGGUCCAGCCUGAUCCUCUGGUUGUCCCCUGGUCCCUGCUCUCCCCUGGUCCCUGCUCUCCCCUGGUCCCUGCUCUCCCCUGGUCCCUGCUCUCCCCUGGUCCCUGCUCUCCCCUGGUCCCGGCUCUCCCCUGGUCCCUGCUCUCCCCUGGUCCCUGCUCUCCCCUGGUCCCGGCUCUCCCCUGGUCCCGGCUCUCCCCUGGUCCCUGCUCUCCCCUGGUCCCGGCUCUCCCCUGGUCCCUGCUCUCCCCUGGUCCCUGCUCUCCCCUGGUCCCCAUGGCGUGGCUGUCUGCCCGCCUGCUCUUCUACCCCACCCUGGCCUACAACGUGGUGAUGGAGCGCUGGGGCGGGAGGCACUGGUUCGACAGAGUGGACUCUCACCUGAUCCUCGGAGCUCUGCCCUUCAAGUCCAUGACCAAACAGGUGAGACACGGCUAUGGUGCGACACAUGGUGUGGACACGGUCUAUGGUGUGGACAUGGUCUAUGGUGUGGACACUGUCUAUGGUGUGGACGCGGUCUAUGGUGUGGACACUGUCUAUGGUGUGGACACUGUCUAUGGUGUGGACACUGUCUAUGGUGUGGACACUGUCUAUGGUGUGGACACUGUCUAUGGUGUGGACACUGUCUAUGGUGUGGACACUGUCUAUGGUGUGGACACUGUCUAUGGUGUGGACACUGUCUAUGGUGUGGACGCGGUCUAUGGUGUGGACGCGGUCUAUGGUGUAGACACGGUCUAUGGUGUGAACAGGGUCUAUGGUGUGGACACUGUCUAUGGUGUGGACGCGGUCUAUGGUGUGGACGCUGUCUAUGGUGUGGACGCUGUCUAUGGUGUGGACGCGGUCUAUGGUGUGGACGCUGUCUAUGGUGUGGACGCGGUCUAUGGUGUGGACGCUGUCUAUGGUGUGGACGCGGUCUAUGGUGUGGACACUGUCUAUGGUGUUUAUGGUGUGAACACGGUCUAUGGUGUGGACACUGUCUAUGGUGUGGACGCGGUCUAUGGUGUGGACACUGUCUAUGGUGUGGACACUGUCUAUGGUGUUUAUGGUGUGGACGCGGUCUAUGGUGUGGACGCUGUCUAUGGUGUGGACGCGGUCUAUGGUGUGGACACUGUCUAUGGUGUUUAUGGUGUGAACACGGUCUAUGGUGUGGACACUGUCUAUGGUGUGGACACGGUCUAUGGUGUGGACGCUGUCUAUGGUGUGGACACGGUCUAUGGUGUGGACACGGUCUAUGGUCUGGUGGAGGAGGAGCACGUGGCUGCAGUCAUCACCAUGAACGAGGAGUACGAGACUCGCUGGCUCUGUAACUCUGCUCAGGAGUGGCAGGAGGCCGGGGUGCAGCAGUUGCGCCUGAGCACAGUGGACCUGUUGGGGCUGCCGUCGCUGCAGCAGCUGCACAGAGGGGUGCAGUUUGCAGUGGGGCAUCGGGAGAAGGGCCACAGCGUCUACGUGCACUGCAAGGCCGGGCGCUGCAGGAGCGCCACUGUGGCUGCUGCCUACCUCAUCCAGGUGAACUGUGUGAGUCCAGAGGAGGCCUGUGAGCAGCUCCGGUCUCUGCGUCCUCAUGUGAUCCUGCGACAGAACCAAGUCCAGCUCCUGCAGCAGUUCUACCAGGAGGUGUGUGCGGGACCAGGACCAGGACCAGGACCAGGACCAGGACCAGGGGAGAGUGUGUGA